AUGAGUGAUUUCCGGCACUUGAACGUUGAUCAGUACGAUGAGGAGGCUCUGUACCUAGCCGAUAUUGUGCCAGAGGAUCCACGUUCACCGCAGGAACUCGCACAAAUUGCACAAGCUAAGCAAGGGAGUGCGCGAACACGCAUGGCCAGUGGCGAUAUGGUAGGUGCGCUGCAAGAGGCCCUUCAUGAUCCACCUACGGGCUCUCAAGCACUGGAAGCACGUCGUAUGUCAUGGUCUUUGAUUUUCGAUAUCCUCUCGUCGACUCGCACUGCCGAUAUUUUGACGACAGUCAAAGCGUUGUCUGGUGAUGAGCGCGAUACACUGAUGAAAUAUUUGUAUCGUGGGAUGGAACUUGUCCGGACGCCAGGCGAGGCUGGCUCUAUCAAUGGCGCUGUGCUAUUGAGCUGGCACGAAAAGCUUACACAGGUCUCUGGCACGGGUUGCAUUGUGCGUGUGAUGACAGACCGUCGUGUUGUGUAG